AUGUCACUACUCAUUCGAGGCAGCGUUUACAUUCCCAUUGUCUGGCUCCUUGAACCUCUUACCCUGAGUAGAGGCGUCUUUGUUCUGAUUCCAACCCUGAUGAAUUUCCUGUUCGAGUGCGUCUACCGAGAUCGUGAAAAGGCCUAUGCGCUGGUGACCCUGGGCCUAAUGGCACAAUCGCUGGGCGCAGACUUUGAGACCGGCGGCUACUUGUCACAACUGUUUGCAAUCCUUACCACCCUAAUUACUCCCUCAAAGGAGGCCGCGUCCAAGUAA